AUGCCACGCAAGCUGAGGGCAGCUGCCCAAGCGGCAGCGGAAUCAAUCAAAAAUGUACCUGUACUUCCUGAGGGCUCUGACGAGGAAAUGGUAGAUGUUCCUUCGUCGCAAGCAUCCUCCCCCGUAGCCGAAACCGAGGAACCACAAGCGGAAUCCCCCGAAAAGGAUCAAGACGCCGAACCUGAGGUUGAAUCCAAAGUUGAAGGCGAACCUGAAUCUGAAGCUCCAGUUGAACCUCAAGCCGAAUCCCAAGCCGAAGGCCAAGGUGUGGAUGCUGAGGCUCAGACUCCUGCCGAAUCCAAGGCAGAUGAAGGGACUAGCGUCGCAACCCCCGGAGACAACGUACCCCAACUUGAGGCAGGUGAUACUCCCAACUACGGACCUGGUCGCCCGUCCGUCAUUCCUAAGAAACGUCGCAUUGGUCGUCCACCCAAGAACCCCCGCCCUGAGGACACCCUGGAUGCCGACGGCCACAUCCGUGUCACUACUCCGGUGAGGAGACGCCGAGGUCGUCCUGCUGCCAGUGGAGGUCGCUGGGCUCGCAACCGCGGUCCUUCACAUCUCACCCAAGUACCUGUCGACAAGGAAGGAAACAUGAUGGAUGUCAUCAACGAUGAAGUCUCGAUCCCCCCCGACCCUAUUGGUGCGACCAAGGUCGACCAGGACGGUCACCUUCAGGGAGGUCGUGAGUAUCGUGUCCGCACUUUUUCGAUUCUUGGUCGCGGUAACCGUCUCUACAUGUUGUCGACUGAACCGGCUCGUUGCAUUGGUUUCCGUGACUCCUAUCUGUUCUUCCAGAAGCACAAGAUGCUCUACAAGAUUAUCAUUGACGACGACGCUAAGCGUGACCUAAUUGAACGCGAUCUGAUUCCCCACUCCUACAAGGGUCGUGCAAUUGGUGUUGUCACUGCCCGUUCUGUGUUCCGUGAGUUCGGUGCUAAGAUUAUCGUUGGAGGCAAGAAGAUUAUCGACGACUACGACGAGCAAGCUGCCCGUGAGCGCGGCGAUGUCGAAGGCGAGUUGGCUGUCCCUGAGGACAGAAUCCCUGGCCCUGGUGAAGAGUACAACCGCAACCAAUACGUCGCCUGGCACGGCGCCAGCAGUGUUUACCACACCAAUGCGCCCACUGUGCCUCUCGCCGGUGGCAAGCCCGUUGAUACCAAGAAGCGCCGUGUCCCCGUGACUGAUGACAACUGGAUGUUGGAGCAUGCCCGUGCUGCAAGCAACUACAACCAUAAACUUACCGAUAUGCGCCGUACCAACCUGAAAGGUGUCUAUGAAGUCCACACCAACACGAUGCAAUAUCCCAAGAUCAUGCAGCCAACCCACGUACGCUGGGAAGCAGUCCCCUUGGAAUCUGACGCCCAAACCGGACUAGCAACGAACAUGUCCGAACUCAACAUCGCCAACGCAGACAGCCCCGAAAGCACCAAUGAUCUAAACAACGACAAUCCCACCACAGACCCCGAAACCACCACCAAACCCGCAACAAUCUUCCCCCAGUCCCCCGCUCCGUCACAGACCGCUACGUAG